AUGCAGUCCUUCAUUGUUGUAGCGCCGCUCCUCUCUUGUCCAGCUCCAAUGGCACCCAAGAAGGACAAGGUUCCCCCUCCGUCAUCUAAACCCGCCAAAUCCGGUGGUGGCAAGCAGAAGAAGAAGAAGUGGAGCAAAGGAAAGCAAAAGGAGAAAGUGAACAACAUGGUUCUGUUCGACCAAGCUACCUACGACAAGCUUCUCUCUGAAGCUCCCAAGUUCAAAUUGAUCACCCCUUCUAUUCUCUCCGACCGUUUGAGGAUCAAUGGAUCGCUUGCUAGGAGGGCGAUAAGAGAGUUGAUGGCUAAGGGAACGAUCAGGAUGGUCUCUGCUCACUCAAGCCAGCAGAUCUACACUAGGGCUACCCACGGCUAGACUCUUUCGGUUUUGUUUGCUGUUUAUCUAUUUACAGACUCAGUGUUGCUUUAUGAACCAUCAUUUUCUUUCGAGAAUGCACCUUCACUUGCAUACCUUGGAAUUUUUCACUGUUUAAAUCUAUGAGAUUAUGGAGACAAAAAUACCCUUUUAGGACCUAAAACAAAAUUUUGAAGCAAAAUUAUUGAAGUGUAUAAUACAUGGUUACAGUAAAAAUGAUAACAUGAG